AUGAACAUUGGUCAAAUCUUCCACGAACAACAAAAGGACGAAGAGGCAGAAGAAAUGUUCCAGAAAGCUAUGGAAAUCAAGCGCGAAAUUCUUCCACAUAAUCAUCCUGAAGUGAUGGGACUUUACGUGCAUCUAGUGCACUCGUUGAAAAAGCAAUGCAAGUAUUCAGAAGCACAGAAAAUGCAGAGACUCCAACUUGCGACACUACUAGAAUUGCAUGGGGAAGACCAUUACGACGUUGUGAACGCAUAUAAUGGGAUUGCGUCUCUGCUGGUGUGUCAAAAUAUGUUGGACGACGCUCUUCAAAUGGUUGAUAGAGGCAUCGACAUUUGCAAUCGAUUGGAACGGCUUGGAGACCGCACCAUUGAUGUGAUGGGGGGGACACUCCGCCACAAAGCAGAUAUACUUUACGAACAGGGAAACAUGGAAGCUGCCGCGGACAUUCUCAACAAAGUAAUAAUGAUGAUGCAAAUCGAUACAGCGGAUGCAAUGCACCCAGCAAUAGCCGAGAUGUGUGAAGAUCUGGCACUUAAAUAUUACAAACAUGGCAUUGUGGAAGGUGCCAUCAACGCUUACGAGAAAGCAAUCAAAAUUCGACGAAAGGAGUUUGGCAAUGAUCAUCCCCACACGAAAAAGCUUAAGCUUGCCCUUAAGGCGUUAGCGUGCGAAUCGGAUGUUAGAAAACUGAACGAACUGGGAUUGGAAAUGAAAGCAAAAGGCGAUUCGGAAAGGGCGAUACAGCUGUUUCAAGAGGCGCUUGGUAUUGACAAGAGUAAUAUUUACGCAAUUGGUGAUACGAAUGCCUCAUUUUUAGUAAGAGCAGCAGUCUACGAGAAUAUUUCUAGCGUCAAAGUUGACCAGGGAUUGCUGGAAGAUGCCAUUGCCGCAAGUGCAGAAGCACUGAAGAUUCGUCGCAGAACGCUUGGGGACGAUCAUUGUGACACAAAGCGACAAAUGGAAACUCAUCGAUCUUUGCUGAGACGGCUCUUGGAGAAUCGGGGCUAA